UCACUUCCACCUACAGCAGCGACAAAAUGGCCGCCACAACAACCCCCGUAGGACAAGAUCAAGGGCCAAAGCAAACAUCUUCAGCUGUACUUUUUGAUUUGUCUAAUCCUCCUGUUAUAGAAGGAUUUUCCCCUGCUUCGCGGAUGAAAGAUGAAGGGUUCAAGGAGAAAUUCAUUAGAAAGACGAAGGAGAAUCCCUUUGUACCUUUAGGUUGUUUGGGGACCACGGGAGCAUUGACAUAUGGCCUCAUUGCUUUCAAGCAAGGAAAAACUCGGCAGUCACAGUUGCUGAUGCGGGCUCGAAUCUUCGCACAAGGAUUUACUGUAGUUGCUAUUAUUGUAGGAGUUGCAGCUACAGCCUUGAAACACAAGUAGUGACCUCAGCAGUAAGAGAGGACAACUACCUUUGCCAACAUCUGGCUGAAGAUCUUCUUGUAAAGUUCUCAAACUGAAAACACUUCUGUACUGCUUUAUGAAAGCGAUUGCAUUUUUUUUCUGUCAGUAGUGCUUUAAGAAAACUCUGUGGUCAUAAGAUGUAAAUAAAUGAAGACCGUAAAUUUGGUCUUUUUCCCUCCUUUAAAGUACCUAGAUGAAGGUAAAAGGUGAAAACUGAUCCUAAUAAAGCCAAAUGAAUAAUAGCAAUGUAUACUAUAGUUAUCUCCGAAAAAGAUUUUGAAAAUACAAACUUGGAAGAUGUUUUUGACAAUGCUGCUCAGGUUUUUGGUGUUAGGUUUGAAUCCAGUCAUGCUUUUGCCUUACCUCGUCAUUAUUUGCCUUAUGUCUCUGCAAGGAUGCAUUCCUUCAAGUGUAAAACAAAAGUACUGAGAGAGUUGGUUUUCCCUUGUGUUUAAUUUAUUGUACAUGAUAUAGUUAAUGUUAAUCUGUCUUAAAUGACCUAAUUGGUAGCUGAUUUUCUAUGCAAGAUCAACAUGUGCAAUUUAUGGAAUGUGACACACUGAUACAUAGUAAUUGCUUUAUAUUGUUACAUUUAUCUACUACUAUUAGCAUCAAAGAACAAAGAUAUACAGGCGAACUCAGUGUAGCUGGGAUUAUGAAGCUGAAUUUACAUAUUAAAAACAAAAUGGAUUAAUAUAA